GAACAUAGGCUGCUGGACUCCUGACAGAUAACAAUUGUAACAAGGAGCCGAGUUUUCAAAGGAAUCCAUGCGUGUCUAACAACUUUUCCUGAUAAGUCAGGACUUAAUUUGUACAGAGUAAGUGAAACCAACCCAAAGUUAAACUUGUCACAGACGGAUAUGUAUCUGCUGGUUGCCACUGGAUUCCUCUGCUUUCUUCCUUCUGGUUUCCAUGCAGAAGAAUGUUUUGAGACUGUUCUGGCAAAACGUGAGACACUUUAUGCACCAGUAGGGGGCAGUCCGUCCCUGUCCUGUGUGGUCCAGCACUGUGGACACAACUGGACAGGGGAGUGGGAGUGGGUGCCGAGAAAUUCAACAGAUGAAAGAGUUGUCAAAGAUGGUGACAGGCACCGGUUAACCAAUGUGAGUCUCUCUGUCAAUCAGACCAAAAUGCUUCUCACCUUUCUGAGUGUCAACAAGUUCAACGAAGGUUCCUAUGGAUGCAAGGUCUCAUGGGAUCAAUUUGGAACUGUUCAGGGACAUGGGACGUACCUGAACAUCACUGCAGCUGUUCCAUCUCAAAGGAACGUGUUGUACAGGAUUUUGAUCUAUGCCGGAGCUGUUUGUUGUCUUCCCAUCAUUCUGCUAUUGGCUCGUUGUCUGAGUUCUGAGAUUCAGCCUAAGCCACGUCCAAGGACAGUGUUCAGACAUGCAACACAGUUCAAAGCUGCUUACAGCACACAACCACAUCUGGCUCCACAGCCUCCACCUCGAUUCCCGGUACCACAGAAACGUAGCACUUCCUCUCACAAAGCUCCUGCCAAACCCCAGCAGAAGACUGAGGUGGUGUAUGCAGACAUUUCCAAGGAUGCACUGAAGCAAGAGCAAGCCAGCAGAGAGCCUAUACAGUCCACUGUCUACUCAGCACUCAGGUUUCCUUGAUGCAGUAAACAGGAGGAGAAAAAGAAGUGGAGGGUUGUGUGAUGGUUAUUUAAGUCGUCUUUAGUUUUAGGAAAUGCUUUUUGAUCUUUGACGGGUUCAAAGAUAUCUCAUUGGGCCUUGGGACUUCCCCCUUGUGCAGGGUUGCAUUUUAGACAAUUGUUUCAUGUUGACUAACAUGUCAGUUUCAUAUCAUCUUUGAGCCAAAUGCAAGACU